AUGGAGCUGUUUGAAAUGGGGAUAGGUCUAGUCAGAGAUGAAUCUGAUUUCAUCAAACAUGUAUGCCAUCGCUUCUGUGUUACUCCUUCGGACGUUCAUGAAAAACUAACAGCGGACUGUGUUGCGGAGAAUUUCGAUUCUCCACUAUGUCGAGGGAUUAAGUCAUUAUUUCGAUACGAUUGCCUAUGUGGCUCUACAGAAAAUCCAUCGAAACUCUCGAAUCAAUAUUUGUUUACCAAAUUAUUCGCUCACCUGAUUGCUGGCCCGAUGGGAAUUGACGAAUUAUCGCGUGCCUUGAAAAAUUUCGACUAUUCAGAUCGCUGCAGUUUGGUAUGGAUUGGCGACUACUUUGCCUAUCGUUGUCGAACAUGUGGACUUACUCCUAGUAUGUCACUCUGUGGAGUUUGCUUCAAUGCUGGAAAUCAUGAAAACCACGACUUCAAUAAAUUUAAAAGCACUUGUGGUGGGGCCUGCGAUUGCGGCGAUCCAUCCGUUAUAAAACCAUCUGGAAAUUGUCGUUUUCAUGGACCGGAUAAAGUUGCCAACAGGCCAUGCCCACCUAGGAAAUUAAUUGCUGCAUUACAAUUCCUUCUUCCAAGUGUUAUAAAGGCUCUGAUGUACUGGUUUUGGGAUCAGUGCAAAUCAGUGGAGCCCUCUUUGAAUGAACAUGAAGCCCCAAUGCUCUUCUUCCUUCACCGUCUUCAUGCUUGCGGUUGGUUCACUCAGCAAUUAAUGGUCAACGCCAUGAUUGACCCCAAGCUCUUUACAGAACUAAUCACAGAUUGCUCUGCUACUCCUGCUUAUCGUUCGUACAAAGCUAGUAUUGCCACCAGACACAAGACUAAUGCCCAAGGAUCUGAACGAAAUUUGUCAAUCAAAGAGCUGAAACACAGGACACUUCUUGAAUCCUUCCUUUACACAAUCGUCAAACUUCGCUUUCCUGAAAGUUUGAGUACUCUUCUAAUUGGUCUCCUUCCUAUUAGCGAGUUUAAAAAAAUGUUUAUCGAUGCGUACGUGGACCAUUAUGAGACAAUAGCAUCUACUCUUAUGAUUUCUUCACGUGUCAGGAAUAUUUCUCCAGAAGUCGCCAUGCAAUUAAACAAUCGGAUUGUGCACAUCUCAGUCCAGUUAUUUAGUGGAGUUGAUCAUGCUCUUCGCAUGGUUAAAGAAAAGAGACUGCAUGAUAUAAUUGUUAAAUGGAUGAAGAAUAUGUUUACCACAAGUCGUACACGCUUGGAUGAUCGUGGAAAGAUGGUAGUGAAUUGCGAUGGUGUUCUCAUUCAAAACAAUGCCUUCUGGCCAUUGACGUCGGAUUUAAGUAAUAUUGUCUCUCAUAAAGUUGUUGCGGAUGUUUUCGUCGAAGAUAUGAAUUUCUUGACCAGUUGGACUGAUAUUCUCAAACUCAUGCAGUUUAUGAAUUGUUUUUCACUGAAAGAGGGUAGCCACAUUGAAUACGAAACAAUGGCAUGCUAUCACGGUUUGACGAUGGAAAUUGAAGUUAGCAUCGGUAUUAUGUGGUACUUGUGGGAGCAUUACAAGUCCUCGACAGAGAAAGAACAUUGUCUCAUGUAUACCCGAGCGUGUGUUGAGUCAUUGGCUCAUCAUUUGACCUAUCUGGGUCGUUUGGUGCCCACUGCCACUCAAUGGGCGCAUCCCAUUCGCGGACCACUCAGCCUCCACCUACCACUUAGUCGUCAUGCUGCCUGUUUCCUAAGUCUUGCAAUCUUCACACAUCACACCAACUUGAAGGAUGUCAUGGACCCUUUCCUCUCUCGUAGUCCCAAUGCUCUCAGACGUCUUAUGGAGGAAUUGGCCAAUGUACUACUGGGUUGUCAGGAGGUAAUCAUCGGUUACUGGGUUAGAAAUGGCCAAUCUGUUCGGCAGUUAGUCACCCACUAUAUGCACAGCCAAAUGUGCUACUCUAUGAUUGACUUGGACAUCUUCCUCUUUCAAGUCUGCGCUGCUCUCAUGCAUCCAGUUUACAUUCUCAAUUCUCUGGUUGAUCAGGCACGUCUUCUGCAAAACUUCUGUUUUCAUCGGGAAUUGUUGGGUCUGAUCAAGUCACCGGGAUCGAGGCCAGGAGUAGUUGUCGAUCGCCAGCCGUUGGCUAUUGAAGCAUGGCUCACGAAUCUCUGUUGGAUACUCGAUCUUCGAAAUAAUCUAGGUCUUUCUGAGACUGGUCUUAUUGAAAAAGAGUUGAUCUGCUUCCUAGCGCAUAGUACUCGAAAGCGAAGUGAUCUCUCAUCUCUGCUUCCCGAUCGUUGCAUGCCCCAGAACACGGAUAUUAUUGACGAGUGUCUAAAUCGGGUUGCCACCUAUGUCGCACCCUCUUGCGAUAGUGCAUCCGGUUCCCUUAUCAGUGGAAGCUACUCACUCAAACCGGAGUUAUGGGAUGAGAAGUUUGAUCCGGUCUUCUUCACUCUUCGAAUGGCUAGCAAGAAGGAACAGACUUCAGCCAUGGAGAAAUAUCGACCUCAUUGUCGACAAAGGACUGGCAUUCAGAAUACUUCUUCAUUUUGGCCCCCAUACCGCCUUCCCCUUGAGCUCUCGCCAGAUUUUGCCGAUUUGGAAAAUGUUCUUCAUAGUCGGCAUUUCCACUAUCUCCUCUUUUCUCUCCUCAGUUUGUUUGUGUACGGUGAUCCUCUGGUGCCUGAGGAAAGUCUCGUUAUGGUUAUACAUCUUCUCUACAGAGCUGUUGUUGCUGGAGGCUUGCUUCUCACACAAGGCAGGGAUUCCAAUCGUCUGGCGGUUGAAAUCGAGCCCACAAUGCCCUGUUUUGAUCCAAUUCAAUGCACAGAAGCUGUGAUGGCUGCUACCAAUAGAGAAGCGGAACUCGAAGCCAUGCAGUUUGCUGAUGCAGAUUCUGACAAUGAAGAGGUAUUAGAGGAAUUCGUUGAGCACGAUGUAACGCAGGAUGCGUAUUUUGAAGAAAUGGGUGAAGAUGAAUUGGAUGAGACUAUGGAGGGCAAUGAUCCCCAAGCCCCAAGUAGCCGUGGUACAGAAGCUAUGGAAGUUGAGGAACCUGUGAUUUCAGCUACUAGUACUUCAUCUCUCCGUCGAGUCAAUGCCUUCCGCUUGCGUAAACCCUCAAACAUCCCUCUCAAGUGGGACCUUAGCAUUGUUGCCUGCCCUUUUCCUAUUCCCACCACUCUGUCCACUAUCUUCCAGAACCUACCCACUUGGCUUGGAACCACUCCACAGACUGUCUCUCCCGUUGAAUUGGAAACGAAAACAUCUAUCAAUGGAAACGAAUAUAAAAUCCCUGCGAGAAACGAUUCAAUUGUGAUGGUAGACAGUUUGCUCUCGUUAUUGGUUAAAUCUCAUGCUCGCCUCUUCUUGAACCGAGCUUCAAUAUCCACGACAGACCAACAGGGUCAACAAUCUAAAGCGCCUAGUGCACAGGAUACCUCCUUCCUUCAACUUCCUUCUAUAUCAGAUGAAAAGAAACCUUCUAAUUGCGAUCUUACUGCUCGUUGUAUGGCUGUUCUCAAUUCCACAGGCUUGGAGGAAACACCUGAUGGAACGCCAAGAAUUUCUUCUCUCGCUCGUGCAAUUCAAGCUGAUGCGUCUGAUGGCACUCCUGAUGAGAAAAUGGUGAAAGUACUUGCAGAAAUGCCACCUGAGUUACGUUAUUUUGCUGUCUCUCCACCUGCCUAUAAGCUUCCUGGCGAUAGAUCUACAAAAACGACUUUUGAACAGCCAUCAACUAGCAUGAGUGAUUGUAAACCUAGCGUAGAUUGUGGUGAUGGAGUCUUCUGGAUAGGCCGACUAUUAGACAAGAUUGUUGAAAGCUCUCCUGAAUGUGAGGAGGAAUUGAGAGUCUAUAUUGAAAGAGCCAAUGAUCCUUUUGACUUGGCUAAACAGCCAGAGAGAACGAGUUCAGAAGAAGCAAAUAGCUCUUUACUUCCCUCAAACCUCCAGGGUAAUGCUAGAACACGCGCUCAACGUAAGAGGGCAGCUUCAGAGAGGCGAAAAAAAUUGAUGGAUAUGAUGGCCUCCAAACAGCGGGCGUUUGCGGAAAACUUUCUCAAGGAUAUGGAUAUGGAUAAGGUUGAUGAUGAGACUAGUGAGAAUUUGACCUCACAGGUGGAAUGCGAAUAUAACUGUGUCAUUUGCCAAACCAAACCGGAGACACCUCAGCCCAUGGUCUUGCUUGUCAUGCUUUGCGAGUCUGGAUUCAUACAAGAAAUGCGCAACUACUCCAACCUCCCUCGUUUAAGUAAUGAGCGAAUGACCUACAGCCGAGGUUACCUCUGUGAGGACUCCUGCAUCCCCAAACCCCUUCCCAUUUUGCCACCAGAACUGCGUCCGCAGUCGUCAGACAAUGAGAGCAACCUUCCUAAUCGUCAAGUGCAGACCAGUGUGGAUUCUGAUCAUCUCCAAACAACCUCUUGUGGCGCUGCUCCUUCCCCAUCGCUGCUCCUCAUUACACCACCACCAGCAGUUCGUAUCUCCGACACUAUCAUCAUUCCAUCGAGCGCCAUCCCCAAUGUAUCGACCUCCAAUGAACCGCCUCGGGGUGAUGUUCUUGAUCCUGUGGUCUACGUCGAGAAGCGCCGCUGGUGGCAUCUUGCUCUCCCCAAUGAGCUUGUCGUUUCUCUGCCCCUUCUUAGAUCUGGUGUCAUUUUACAGACUUGUGGACAUGCAGUUCAUCGGGAUUGCUUCCAGAAUUAUCGAGCUCAGAGUAUGCGCCACGGAGGUGGAGCAAUGUCCCGCUGGAUGGCCUCUUGCCCACUCUGUCGUCGUGAUGUCCACUUCCUCCUACCCCUACACGCCGACUAUGAGCCAGAUAAUCCUUCCUAUCACACACCUCCUCCACCCUUAUCAACUCCACUACAUACCUCAACUCCCGAGGUCGCUACCUCUGCUCCUACUGAAAUCGCUGCUGUCACAACUGUUCCUAUGGAACAAUCAGACCUCCCAGUGGCCGAUACACAACCGAAAACGUUCAUAUCUAUCCUCCGCAAGAGACUGGAGGGAUUACCACCGGAACCACACAGUAUCUGGAGUAAUUUGAUCGGAGGAACGGAGGAAGAUCCGCAGCAACGAUUUAGAUUGGUUGCUGGUCUUAUUUCGGGUGUUAGUGAAGUCGCUAUUAUUCUUCGGUCACAAUUCGAAUCGGAAUUGUCGGUUCUUAUGGUGUAUCCGAAUCUUUAUCGCAAUAUCGCCCGUCGUUGCCUAUUCCGUGAAACCAUGAAUUAUCUGCGCCAUGUCUAUUCUUCUCCAUCUGAUAUCCUUUCCCUUGUGGACUCCCUCUCUCCCAGCUCCCUUCCUACCGCCGUCCCAAUUUCUAGCUCCAACAUCCCCCAGAAUUUCGCUAUUUUUAAUGACCCUGUUGAUGUCCUCAUGAUCCUUCUGCCCCACGUCUGGCCUGACGAAGAGCAAUUUAUGGCACUUGGUUCGUCCUGCAUCUGUCUAUCCUAUGCCCGAGCCCUUGUGGGUCUUAUCCUCAGCCAAAUGCCAGAUGGAAACCCAGGAACUUUCGCCUAUGGGCAACGUGCCUCUAUUCAGUGUGCUCAAUCUCGCUUGAAAGAGGUACAUCUCCUUUUCUCAUAUCGUCUUGGCAAAAUUCAAUACACUAUUUUGGCAAUGGCUUCUGCUCUUGAACAACUCGUAGAGCGAACUCCAGCUGCUACCACUACUACAUCCCAACAAACCAAACAGAACUCUUCCGAUUUUACAACAGAACCAUCCGCAUCAUCAUCUUCCCCAACCCUCCUUCCUCCUUCAUCACCGACCCUCAGUUGUAUGAGUGUCCUCUCAGAUCUAGAUUCUGCAGCCAGUCUGGAUGUUGUCCAACUCACUCUUGAUCCUCAAACAGCUAGCCGUCGAUUACAAGAGCAUCUCAUAAGUCAAAUCCUGCCCACGGUUCGUAUCUUUGCUCUGUGUUUGGCCCGUUGGCGUGAUGGGUUGAAACUUCAUAAAGACGAGUCCUUUGAACCUAUUCUUUCACUCUCCCUCCCCUUCGUUGGCAUUUUGAGUGACUCCAAGAAAACCGAUCUCAAUGGGGAGUAUUUUGUGAAGGAAUUUCUCUCUCUGGCUUCUUUCCUAAGAAUUGGAACUCCAGUUCCCGCAAUGUCUGUUGAACAGGAAGAUCCUUUGAUUGGAAUAGGCCCACUCUUGCCUUUUGUACAAGCUGCGGCAAUGCGUUCAGGUCUAACAGCCUCUCUAGAUGGUGUGACAGCUUUGAACGAGAUUCUGCACGGUUGGAUUAGUCAGCUCACCGCUAAUUUAUCUUCGGAGCCGAAUUUAGCGGAGUCAGCAAUUCAAUCGUCAGCAACUUCGCAACACGAUGGAUCGGCGACUGCUCAACUACCGCCAUCCAUUCCAACUCCUGCAACGGCGAGGAUAUAUUUACGUGGAAUGCAACAGCCCCUCCUAUCGAGGCCGUUUCGUGGAAGUCAGAUGUUAUCAACCCUUACUGGAACCUCUAUUCCCAAGCGAAAUUUCUCCCUUGCCGACUGGGUGAAAAAUCUUGGGCCUCUGAUGGCUACAGGAAGGCAGCUCUACCCACCACGACUUAUUAGACCCCCGGAAGCAUUUGAUGAUCUCUUCAACAACCUCCAGGUGGUGAGUUCUGCAAUAACGAAGCAUCCCUUCCAGAAUAAUGUACUCUGCCUUAUAUGUGGUCAACUUCUCUGUGAUAUCUGCUCGCCCAACCUAGCUACACUCCUUUUCAAGGUAAGCACUCAUAAUUUUUAA